AUGCCAUCAUUCAGUGCAUGUUUACCAAAUGAUAAAUUACGUGAGGCUUCCUUUGAACAUAGAUUCAUUAAAUUGAUAUCUACUGGUGAAAUUACACGGCAACAAUUUAAUACAUGGCUGGCUCAAGAUUAUCUCUUCGUGAUUUUUUAUAUUCGUUUUGGUGCUCAUGUACUUGUACAUGCUCCUCGACAAGAUUAUAAAUUUUUAAUUAAAGGACUUUCAACAAUAGAAGAAGAAUUAACUUGGUUUGAAAAAAAAUUAAAAGAAAAAAACAUACUCAUCAAUGAUAUUCAACCAUUAUUUGCUAAUCGUAAUUAUCAACAUUGGUUAGAUGAAUUGAUGCACACUAAGAAAUCGUAUUUGGGUUUGAUUACAGCAUUUUAUGCUAUGGAACUUUGCUAUUAUGAAGCAUGGAAAUCGGUAAAAAAUCAUGAUUAUCAAGAAUUUGUUAAUCGAUGGGGAUCAGAAGAAUUCGGACAAUUUAUUGAACAACUUCGAGUAAUUGUUGAUGCUGCAUCAAUAACUGCUUCUGAUAAUGAUAAACAAGAAGCAUGUCAGCUUUGGGAUGACGUCAUGCGAUUGGAAGUCGAUUUUUGGGAUAUGGCUAUUAAUGAGAAAUCAGAAUAA